UCCCAAAUUCUCAACGGUCAUAUCAACAUCCUCCUCCUCCAAAACGCUCAUCUUCCAUUUCCCUCUCAACCAACAUUUGAAUCCAAACUCCCUCUCUCUCUCUCUCUCUCUCUCUCUCUCUCGAUCGCUCGCUCAGUGAAGCAUGAGGCCCAAUCAGAGCACAGAGGCCACGGAGAGUCGGUUCCUGGGGACCAUAUCGACCUCUUCGAUCCGGAACCUGCUUCCCAGAUCCAUCUCCAAGCGCAAAUCCAACUCGUCAAACCCUAAACUCUCCAAAUACAACGCCGAGAACACUCCGCCAGCCGAUCCGAACAUCGGGACCACCGAUCUCCAGGUCUCGCAUUCGGUCACCAAAUUGUCACCGUCCAAACUGCGAGAAGCUCCGGCGCCAUCCGAUCCGCCCGUGAAGGAUGAGAUUGUAGGAUCGGACAGUCAGUGUGAAGUAUUGGCACCUCCGGAGCCACCGGUAAAGGUUGUAGUGAGAAUCACACCUGUUAAUGAGGGGGAUCGGACAGUAAAGAAGAUCUCUUCGGAUACAUUGUCUGUUGGGGAACGGAAAUUUAUUUUCGAUUCAGUUAUUGAUUCCAAUGCGAAUCAGGAAGAUGUAUUCCAGUUAGUUGGAGUCCCUUUGGUGAAAAAUGCUUUAGCAGGUUACAACGCUGCAAUUUUGUCAUAUGGACAGACUGGAAGCGGAAAGACUUACACAAUGUGGGGUCCGCCAAGCGCCAUGGUUGAGGAUCCCUCAAGCAGUAGUCACCAGGGCAUUGUUCCUCGCAUCUUCCAAAUGUUAUUCUCCGAGAUUCAGAGAGAGCAACAGAACUCAGAAGGGAAACAGAUAAAUUAUCAGUGCCGUUGCUCUUUCCUUGAGAUAUAUAACGAACAAAUUGGGGAUUUACUAGACCCCACUCAGCGAAACCUUGAGAUAAGUGAUGAUGCAAAAAAUGGAUUGUAUGUUGAGAAUUUGACUGAGGAAUAUGUGACUAGCUUCGAGGAUGUAACACAAAUCCUCAUCAAGGGGCUUUCAAGUAGAAAAGUUGGAGCCACUAGCUUAAAUUCUAAGAGCUCGAGGUCCCAUAUUGUUUUUACUUUCAUCAUCGAGUCUUGGUGUAAGGGAACCUCAUCGAAGUGUUUCAAUAGUUCAAAAACAAGCAGAAUCAGCCUUGUUGAUCUUGCAGGACUUGAUAGAAAUAAAGUUGAUGAUGGGGAUAGACAAAUUGUAAGGGAAGGCAAACAUUUGAAGAAGUCCUUGUCACAACUUGGGCACUUAGUGAAUAUUCUUGCAAAAGGUGCUCAGUCUGGAAAUUCGGAAGAUAUUUCAUACAGAGGUUCCUGUUUAACUCAUUUACUGCGAGAAUCACUUGGCGGCAAUGCCAAACUCACAGUUAUUUGUGCCAUCUCCCCAGAAAACAAAAAUAGCGGUGAUACACUGAGAACUCUCAGAUUCGGACAGCGAGUAAAAUUUAUUAGAAAUGAGCCAGUAAUAAAUGAAAUCAGAGAGGACGAUGUUAAUGAUUUGAGCGAUCAAAUUCGUCAGUUGAAGGAGGAACUUAUAAGAGCGAGGUCUAAUGUCUGUACAUCAUCAGGAAGCCAAAAUGGAUAUUUUCAAGGACGAAAUGUACGUGAAAGCUUGAAUCAAUUGAGAGUAAGCCUUAACCGAUCUUUGAUUCUAACCCCCACAGAUAAUGAUUCUGAUGAAGAGGUAAAUGUUGAUCAAGAUGAUGUAAGGGAACUUUGUCAGCAUCUAGAUAAGUUGCAUAGUUCUGAGGAGAAUAUUACAGACACAUCUGUUAAUAGGGAUUCCAUCCAGUUUUAUUCAAUGGAGGAAAGUUGUGAGACAGACUUGAUGAGUUCAGAAAGUGAGUUUGAAGAAAUCAGUGUGGGAAAACCUUGGAAUGAACUUCCUGAUAAGGCCAAUGAUGCGUUAGAAGAUAAUUUUGUGAGUGCUCUUAACACCUUAACAGCUGUUGAUCAUGCAUCCAGAAGGAGCAUUUCAAUUAGCUCGUGCUGUCAGUCUCCAAUUCUCCAAGACCCACCAUUGUCUGAAUCUCCAAAAAUUGGAAAUAUACAAAGGAAAAGCAUGAAUAUGCCAAGUCAUUUAGCAAGUCUGACCAGUGUGUCUGAAAGUUCCAAGUUCAACUUGGAUGUGUUAAGACAAUCACUUAAACAGAGCGAGCACAUCCGAUCUUCUUUGCGGUCAAGCAAGACGUUUACAGGCCCCACUGAGACCUUGGCUGCUAGCCUUCACAGAGGCUUACAGAUCAUUGACCAUCAUCAGCGGAACUCGGCACCAAAUAAAUCUUCAGUUUCCUUCUCCUUUGAGCACUUGACAUUGAAACCUUGUUCAGAAGUUGAUAAGGCCAAUGCUUCUAUUCAGACACUACCAGAAGAGAAACCAUCUUCAAAUGGACCAUCCGCUUCUUUCCUAUGUGCAUCUUGCCGACAAAUAAUAUCUGAGAAGGAUUCCAAUGACGCCCAGGAUAGCUUGAAGACAUGGGUUUUAGCAGUCAAUGAGGCAGAGAAUCCUACCCAACGGAUGGACGAAGUGCCUAAAGAAACCUGGAAUGCUAUGAUAAAAACAAUUAAGCGAGAGGAGCUUGAAAAUGUUUGCAUGGAGCAAGCUGCCAAAAUUGAGCAGUUGAAUCGACUGGUAGAGCAAUGCAAACUCGAGAAGGAAGAAAUGCACGAUGAAGAAAGCAAAACAUUUUGUCUUGAGGCUUCAAAGAAUGAAAUAGUGUCAUAUAAGGAUCCCAAAAAUGAUGAUUACCGUUUACUGAAGGAUGACAAGCUUGUGAGGUGCAAUUCUAUUGAGAAUAAUCAGCCAGAGAUGAUAAAGGAAAAAUGUGAAGUAAAGGAAGUCGUGGAACCUGGGUUUGGGAACAGAUAUAUUGAUCUAAAUGAGAAGGAAGCACUUCUUAAGGAAAUUGAAGGGUUAAAAAACAAGUUGCAGUCAUAUUCUGAUGCUUCUCAUAACAAAUCUGUUGAAAAACUCAGAUCUUCUUUGUUGUCCCGAUCAAUCCAAUUACGAAAAAGUGGUGUAGAUCAUCUAGAUAAUAGCAAGGAAGAACUAGAGAGCGAAAGACAGAGAUGGACAGAAAUGGAGAGUGACUGGAUUUCCUUAACUGAUGAACUGAGAAUUGAUCUCCAAUCCCACCGCCGACGUGCAGAGAAGGUCGAGAUGGAGUUGACAUUAGAGAAGAAGUGCACCGAAGAGUUGGAUGAUGCACUUCACAGAGCAGUCCUUGGGCAUGCUAGAAUGAUCGAACACUAUGCUGAACUGCAAGAGAAGUAUAAUGACUUGGCUGGAAAGCAUCGUGCAAUCAUGGAAGGGAUAGCGGAGGUGAAGAAGGCAGGAAAAAAGGGUCAUGGCUCUCGUUUUGCCAAAUCCCUUGCUGCAGAGCUUUCUGCAUUGAGAGUGGAGAGGGAGAGGGAGAGAGAACUGUUGAAAAAGGAGAACAAGAGUCUUAGAACUCAACUUAGAGACACUGCAGAAGCUGUUCAUGCAGCUGGAGAACUCCUUGUUAGGCUGAGAGAAGCUGAACAAACUGCAUCCGUUGCAGAGGAGAACUUUGCAAAGGUUCAAGAAGACAACGAAAAGUUAAAGAAGCAAACGGACAAGCUUAAAAGAAAACACAAGAUGGAGAUGAUCACCAUGAAGCAAUAUCUUGCAGAGAGCAGAUUGCCUGGAUCUGCAUUGCAGCCACUAUACCGCGAGGAGGAUUCCGACAUAGCACACAACAACCCAACAACCCCAUAUUCAGAUGAUGAUCAGGCAUGGAGAGCAGAAUUUGGAGCAAUAUAUCAAGAUCACUACUGAUUCUCCUUUUGAAGUUCAAAUCAGCUACUGAGAGAGUUGGAGGUGGAUGAGCAUUCUUGUGUGAUGGAUGGCUUGAAUCAGACCCUACUCGGGUCCAGGGAUUAUUUGUUGUCGUAUAACAUUUCCUCUGUGCUUUGUAUGUUUGGUAUGCGAUUGAAUAUUCAUUCUUUACUCAUGAUUGUGGAUGCUUCUUUGGCUACUCAUGAUUGAUUAUUCAUUCUUUACUCAUACAAUAUAUGUGGAGUGCAGUUACUUGAUUGC